CAAAACAUCUUGCCUUUGCUUCCUCUCUGAGACAGAGAGAGAGAGCUACUGUAUCACUCUCAUCGACAUUGAGUUCAAGGCAUCAUACUUUAAUCAAGCUCAUUAAUGUAAACAACAAAGAGGAGCACCAAUAAAACUGGAUGCGUCAUAUGACAGAAACUAAAAAACAAACAGAAAUUGAUGCUUACAGCCAUAACUACAGCUGUGAAACUACAAGGAAACCAGUAUGAGCAAAUCAAAAGACAGCAGUUUCAUAUCAUUCACUCUGGAGGUGGAUGACAGGACAGAGGAGGAAAGGGCCAAGGCCAAGCAGGCGAGGAAAGGUCGCUCUAAGCACAAGAUACCCAUGGACUCUAAUUACCUGGAAGACGUUGUGGCAGCUGCACCCAAAGUUAGAUUUAACUACCACUUUGACAGGCAAAUCAGACAAGUGAAAGAGGAACCAGCUGAACAGAACAGCAAGAAGUUUACCAUUGAGGAUCUAUUUGAGGCAGCAUCCAGUGGUGAAAUCUCUAAACUGCAGGGUUUACAGCAGUACCUGCAAAAAAGAAACAAACAUCUCUCUGAUUCUUUAUAUAUGUCCAAUGGAAAGACAGCCCUGCUGAAAGCUCUUUUAAACUUGAAGAAUGGCGAGAAUGACACAAUUGAAUAUCUUCUUGACAUUGCAGAGAAAAUAAACGAUUUACAGAAAUUCAUAAAUGCUGCAUACACAGACAGUUACUACAAAGGUCAGACAGCUCUCCAUGUUGCCAUUGAAAGGAGGAGUGCAAAGUUUGUAGAGAUGCUGGUUAAGAAAGGGGCAGACGUCCAUACUAAAGCCUGUGGGACAUUCUUUCAGCCCAAUAAAAGCAUGUGCUUCUAUUUUGGUGAGUUACCAUUGUCGCUAGCUGCUUGCACAAAUCAGCCAGACAUCGUAGACUUUCUGAUGGAUAACCCUUACCAGCCAGUGGAUCUCAAAGAGAAGGACUCUCAUGGAAACAUGGUGCUUCACGCCCUUGUAGUGGUGGCCGAUAAUAGUUCUGAGAACACAGAGUUUGUCAUUGACAUGUAUGAUCACAUCUUAACCAAAGCUGCUCAACUUCACCCCAAGCUAAAGCUGGAGGAAAAUGAGAAUAAUCAGGGACUAACUCCUAUCAAACUAGCAGCCAAGACAGGAAAAUUUGAGCUGUUCAGGCACAUUGUUCAGCGGGAGUUUAAAGAGUGCAGACACCUGUCACGGAAGAUCACAGAAUGGGUCUAUGGUCCAGUGUGCUCCUCUCUCUAUGAUCUUUCGUCCCUUGACACCUACGAGAAGAACUCUGUACUGGAGAUAGUCGUCUAUGGCAGCGAGAUUCCUAAUCGUCUUGAUAUGCUUAAUAUUGAGCCACUCAAUAAACUACUAGAAGAAAAGUGGGAAAGAUUUGCACAAUGGAUUUUCUUUUUCAACUUCAUUGUUUAUCUUGUCUACCUUUUCAUCUUCACUGCAGUUGCUUAUCAGCACCAAUCAGGGGAGCCUCCACAUUCUUACUGGAAUCAAAGGGAAGACUACCUGCUUCUUACAGGACAAAUCAUAACUGCCAUUGGAGCACUUUACUUCUUUUUGAAAGGGUUAAUAGAUAUGGUCAGGAAGCGUCCAAGAUUUCAGGCCCUGUUGACAGACGGAUACACUGAUGAGCUUUUUUUUCUGCAGGCCCUGCUCUUCAUGGUGUGUGCUGUACUGUACUUUCUUGGUAAGGAUGAAUAUCUGGCCUUUCUAGUUAUGUGCCUUGCUCUGAGCUGGGUAAACCUCCUCUACUUCUCCAGGGGGUCCAAAUACAUGGGAAUCUACAGUGUCAUGAUACAAAAGAUGAUUCUUGGAGAAAUUUGGCGAUUCCUUGUUGUAUACAUGGUCUUGCUCAUUGGAUUUUCUGCAGCUGUGGUAACACUUCUUGAAAAACCUAAAGGCCGUAAUUUGAUCAACGUUUUGGAUGGGACUAACAACUGCGUGAAAACCUCAAUACAAAGCGUUUACUUCAUCACUCUGGAGAUGUUUAAAUUUACGAUUGGCAUAGGAGAUCUGGAGUUCACAGAUAAUUAUAAAUAUAAGGAGGUGUUUUAUGUGCUGUUGAUUGUCUAUAUUGUACUGACGUACAUCCUGCUGCUGAACAUGCUGAUAGCACUGAUGAAUAAAAGAGUGGAGGAGAUGUUAAAUGAGAGCACCAGUAUCUGGAAACUACAGCGUGCGAUCACCACCUUGAACAUAGAGUGGAUUCUUCCUCGUUGUCUUAAAAAAAGGCUGCGCUCAGGGUUAAAGAAGGACCUGGGAAGGGGGCAUGAACCUGAUCAACGCUGGUGCUUCAGUGUGGAAGAAUCCAACUGGAAGCAGUGGAACAGAAACCUUGGUACAGUGAACGAGGAUCCUAGGAAAUUAUGCAUGCGCGUACCAUCCCCAACUGAACUCCAGAAAGAGCCUGGAUGGGGUGGAAUCGUGCAAGCUUUCAGUAAAUGGGGAACACAAAGACGCACACGGCGCAGCAAUACACAGGAGUUGUCCUCUAGCUGAGAUCUCAAGCUCUGAUGGUCUUUUGAUGACAAAUACCACCAGUGGACUGUGAAUCACUGUGUAUUAGUGUAUCUGUGAUGUGCCAGGCUUUGAACUGCUUGAAGAACAAGCUAUUUUAUUCAACACACUGAAUCUAUGUGCAACCUACUUACAAUGGCUUGAAUAGUGGGUAUAGUGGAGAAAAGACCCUUGUCUUUAUUCCUUCAUUUCAACUGGCAGAAAUAAAUACACCUCAAACACCUUUUGUACACACACACACACACACACACACACACACACACACACACACACACACACAAAGCAUGAAUAUUUGCCAUGGGUACCUUUUAUUAUUUUUAUUUUUUUUUUGUUUUAGGUAAAUAACCCUAUACACGAUUCCCACAUUUUCAAAUUAAUAGAUUUCCACUUUUCAAUUUGUUCGUGUUAUUAGACAAGGAAUUUUAAUAAUAAUUUAUAAAAAGGGUAAUUUUUAACCAGUUUUCAUAUUUGGAGCGGAUCUUAACUAGGAAAAUAAAUAAAUAAAAUGUAUUCACAACAAAUUUUGUUUUAUUAAUUUCCAGGCCUGGAGAUCACAAGUUUAAAUUCUCUGGAAUUUCCAGGUUUUCCAUGACUGUGGGAACCCAGCCUAUAAGACUAUGCAGGGGUGGACUGGCCAUCGGGAGCACCGGGUGUAUUCCUGGUGGGCCGCUGUUUAAUUAGGCCCUGUUGCUGCGCAAGUACUGGCCUGUCCUACAGGCGAUAUAGGUGGCCGCCCUGGGCUCAAACAUGCCCGCGUGGACCCCAUUACAGAGUGAAUAUUCAAAAUUCUCUGUAAAGUCUAACUAAUUGACUAGCUUUUCUUUUAAACAGAAAUGACUUAUUUUGAAACUACUUACACAUCUUAGCGUAUUUCCAGAGGUGCGCCUAACUACCUCGCGUGGACCUCAUUAUUUGACAUACAAAUCACAAUAAUGGUGACAACCAAAGACAACAUGUUAAGUAUAAGAUGAGCUCUGGAUAAUCACAAAAUGAGUAACAACAAAUACAAUAACAGCAGCAUAUAUAAAACCUGCAAACAGUAAAGCUAUGAGCAGUACAUAGCCAUUUGCAUGAUUUAUUUAUACCGCAGGGAGCUGAAGUGCGGCUCGCUGAAUAAUGCUCACGCCUGAUAAAAAUGCAGAACAUAAGUCAUGAAAAAUAUUACUUUGUGGAUAUUUGAGUCUUUGAGGAUUACUUUGUAUAAAGGAAAGCAGAAACAGCACAUGUCAAAACACAGGGCUUUUCACUUUUCUGAAGAAUAAUCUGGGGAAGAAAUUAAAACACUGCAAAUAUAAAGAUGCAACAAACUCACAUAGAGUGAAAAUAUGAGCAAUUAAUCUAAGUUCAACACUUUAAGAGGUAUGUUUAUUUUUUUUUUUACAUAUAUUUAUAUUUGUUUAUAUUUAUAUAUGUACAUAUUCUGUCCAACUUUGUUUUCAUAGAUUUAUUUUUUAAAAUAAACAUUUACAGUUAUGUAACUGACUUUAAGUUUUAAGCAUUGUCAUCAGUGUCCUGCUGUGUGACACUUUCUUCAUCUAACUAUUUUAAACAUUUUAUGAUCUUUUAUAACUAUAUGAACAUAUAUAAUAUAUUAUUAUUAUACUUGUUGUUUCCACAACCUCAUAUUAACUAUUGAAAACACUUUGCACUUCUAGAAAAAAGUUGAAAGGUGAUUAAGAUCUUUAAAAACUUUGAAGAAAUGCUGACUUGUCACAGCACCUAAAAUACACACUUUCCAUUGUACUUUCAUGUACAUUUUAACCUAACAUCUGAAUGUUGGGGAAAAACGUUUUGGGACAUGUUAUUUGUCUGAGUUAUUAAGUGCUUAUUUUAGUGCUUUCUCUAAAAAAAUCCACUCAUCACAUUUACGGUGGUUUUAUAUGUUUUAAAGUUAUGACCAUUUUGCACUGUGGGGCCCAUUGUCAUGACUAGCAGUCAAUAUAAAUGUUGUCUUCUUUUUUUUUUUUUUUCAAACACAAAAUUUUAAAUUGAGCCAGAAAAUGAAAUCAAUGAGCCAGUGUGUUAUGGUGUGGUGUGUUGCUGGCCAGGUUUGGUGGGCCGCUCUGGGCCAGAAAGUCCAGGGCCACUUUUUAGUCCCAGUCCGCCCCUGGGACUAUGUAAUAUGGCUGGCACAUUUAUUUGUAAUUUAUGCGUAGUUCCUAAAAUAGAUGUAAUAUAUAUAUUCCAUUUUGCCAUUGUUUCAUGUGAAUUUGUGAGACGUUACACGUCCCUGUUAUUAAUAUUGGUGUAUCUUAAAGUGUAUCAAUUCAGCCUUUUCUGUGUCAAUUUGUAAUGAAUUUUUUUGUGACAUCUUCAGUGGGAUGUUGCAAUGAGCCGCUUAUGUGGAAACGCAAUUAAGCCAAAAACACGAGUUGUUGUUGUAGCAAGAAGUUUAAUGUAUGUCUGAACGAAUCUUCCAUCAAAUAAUGUGUGAAAAGGUGGAACAUAAACAUAAUAAUUAGCCUAAAUCAUUAGAAAGCCGGGACUUUCCUUAAUACUUUAGUAUUUAUAACUCAAAUGUGUUUCAUGGUCAAAGUGACUCAUAAUGAUGGAGCAGGUCUCAUAUGUUAUCCACCAAACAAUGAUGUUAAGGGUCACAGGAGGUCAUGGUAAAAUCUUUGCUAGUACUGGAAUAAAGCAAUUAAUCA